AUGCGGGAGCUCUUAGAAGAGCUGAAGCGAGAGGACAGGCCGCCUGCCCCGGAAACUCUCAAGGAGCAUGAAAGGACCCUCGCUGCUGCUGCUGCUACUGCAGAGGAAGCGCGGAGAAGGUCUGAGCAGGUAAAUGAGGCUGAGGAUGAGCGCGAGGACGAGGACGAGGACGAGGACGAGGACGAGGAGGGGAAGAGAGUGGGUAAGAGUGGAAAGAUACAGAGGAGGAGGCGCGUUGUGGAGGGGGAGGCGCGCAAGGAGGCGAGCGAGUCUCCCUUCCUCUCUGCUCCCGCCAUGCAGCCAUCUGUUGCGUCCUCCUUGCCGCACAGCCUGUCCGACCGACGUUCGCAGCUGCUUGGACGGACGGGUCAUGUGCUGCGCCGCCGUGUAGGAGGAGAAGGUUCGCACGUGCAGGAGGCGCUGGAGGAGGACAAGAAGAUCCAGUCGAGGAUGAAGGCAGGGAGAGGAGAGGAGAGGAGGGAGGGAGGGAGGCUGAAGGAGGAGGAACAGGAGGAGCUCGCGAACAUGACGAGCACGCUGAAGCGGAACGUGGAGGCGAUGCAUGCGACCAUCGUGCAGGAUAACAAGAGGCUAACCUCCAUGGAUGACGAGAUGGCAGGUGGAAUCCAGAAAAUCAAACGGAUCAACUUGAGGGUCGACGAGCAGCGGGCGAAGAACAGGAGGACGACCUGCUUGCAGUGCAUCAUGUUUCUCCUCGUCUCUCUUCUCUUCUUCUCCACCUUCUUUCUCAUGCGCUUCUUCGGCAAGGCGAAGCAGCGGCUCCGAGCUGCAACUCCAGAUUUUCUACUCGCUGGACGGGACGAGGCCAACGCGCAAGUCGACGAGCAUCAAAGCUGGAGAUCGAGUGGUGAGACGAGCAUGAGGAUACUGGCAGAGAAGAAGAAGAAGAAGAAGAAGAAGAAGAUGAUGAUGAUGAUGAUGAUGAUGAUGAUGGUGGUGGUGGUGGUGGUGGUGGUGGUGAUGAUGAUGAUGUAA